CUGGGGGGGAGUUUUGAAUGUGUGUGUUUAGCGCUGGUGUGGAUGGGAGUUUACAGAUGAUGUAGAGGUUAUAAUGCGUUAUAAACACACACACACACACAGUAGAGUAUGAUGAAGUUAAUGCGUGCUGAGUUAGCCGGUGUGUGAGGUACAGUGUGUGUGUGUGUGUUACUGUACACAGGGGGACACAGAGGCGUUAUAAGGCGUCAUGGCGAGUGUCCACGAGAGUCUGUACUUUAACCCGAUGAUGGUGAACGGCGUGGUGCAGGUCAACAUAUUCGGCAUUAAGGACUGGGUGACUCCGUACAAGAUCUCAGUGUUAGCGCUGCUGUAUGAGAUGAGUUCAGCCAGUAAACACACGGAGCUGCUGGACAGGAGGAGGCUGAACCAACUCAUACUGCCCUUACAGCAGGGCCCGGAUGUGACGUUUGACCAGUUCCUGAGCUCCGUGGAGGAGUGCUGUCCUCUCCUCGCCAACACAGUCAAACUCAGGUUGUAUACAAUGGCAGACAGAGAGCUGCAGGACAUGGAGCACUUCUUUGCUGAAUUACCGAGCGCCUUCACCAACUCAGAGGCUUUUAAGACCAGUGUUGUAGGGUUGUUUAUGCGUCAGAUGUUGCUGGCGUAUAAUAAGCUGUCCUUCAGUCAGGUGUAUAAACUAUACAAGGCCCUGCAACAGUACUGCCGCCGCGGGCAACGACCCCGACACGACCCCUCCACUCUCACUAACGAGGACAUGGAGCUGAGCGCUAACGAGGACACGCUCGCCGACAUCACAGAGAGAAGCGAGCGGGACACGCGCUCUCUGCACCAGUCAGAACACCUGUGUGAUGAGAGUCGUGGUCCUCUGUCACAGAAGCAGGCAGAGUAUUUCCUAGCUCGACAGGCAUACCUGUUGAAGAACGAUGAGAACAAAGCCAUGAGUCCAGAUAAACUUCAGGAUGAGCUCAACAACAUCCUAAAGUUUAACCCCGACUUUGCUGAAGCGCACUAUGUGAGUUACCUGAACAGUAUGCGUGUUCAGGAUGUCUUCACCUCCACACACAGUUUGCUGCACUACUUUGAUCGCCUUGUCCUGUCCGGUGCCGAGGGGAAGAGUAACGGGGACGAGGGAUUUGGACGCAGCCUUCGCUACGCCGUUCUCAACCUGGCAACCCUGCACUGCCGCUUUAAUCACUAUCAGCAGGCGGAUCUUGCACUACAGGAGGCCAUCAGAAUCGCUCAGGAAGCAAACGACCAUGUCUGCUUACAGCACUGCCUGAGCUGGCUGUACACACUGGAGCAGAUGAAGGGAUGUGACAGUGCAGUUCUGACUGAAGACUCUGUUAAAAUGGCCGCUUAUUUCUGCUUAACAUAUUUAGCGUGUCUGGGUGUACAGUCUCUUGUCCAGCGGGGAGCGCUACAGGGUUUCUCGGCUCCUCAGCUGCUGGAUGCUCAGCGUCAGACGGCCGUGCUGCUGUGGAAACACAGUCUGAACGAACUGAUCGAGAUUAGUCUGGCUCAGAGCGCCUCCCUGUGGAGCAUGUACGGCAAAAGUACGAUGUCAGUGCAGCAGUCUCAGCUCCUGUUGAACAUGAACAGUUUGGAGCCGGUGAAUUUCGGUGUUCAGCAGAACACCACGGAGCCGUUCACCAUCGCGCUGUGUCACCUCGCACAGCUCCACGCCGACCAGGGUCUGUACGCCGCCGCAAGUGAAAUCAUCAAACACCUGAAGCAGCAGUUUCCUUCACACACUCAGCACGCUAAGGUGUGGAUGCUGUGUGAUCUCAACAUCCAGUUUGAGAAAGCAAUGAAUGAUGGGAAAUAUCACACGGCUGAGCCUCAUGUCACCGCCAUUACCGCUCUGAACAGCACCGAGGGGCUCUACAGGGAGGCCCAGCUGUUAAGGGCUUUAAAUCGCACAUCAGAAGCUUCCAAAGUCCUGCAGCGUCUACAGCAGCUGUGUGAGAAGAACAAAAACACAGAGAUGAUCAUCAGGGUGAUGUUAGCCACAGCAGAGCUGCACUGGGACUCGUGUGGGUUUUCCGCCGCUCUCCCGCUCCUGCUCAAGGCUUUAGCUCUCACACGCCAACACAACCUGCAGAGACUCGAGUGUAAAACUGUACUGCACCUCGCUUACACACAGUUGAUGCUGGGGAUCCCGGAGCAGGCCCUGUCGCUGGUGUGUGGUGUGUUGGAGUGUGUGUUAGCCCACGGAGCGCUGAUGGAUAAAGCUAAAGCGCUGCUUCUGAUGGCUCGGUGUCAGGUGGCUCUGAGCGCGUCUGCCUCGGAGGAACACAGACUCACCGCUGUAGAGUCAGCGGUACACACUCUGGAUGAGGCCGGGUUUUAUUUCUCUCAGCUGGACUGUAAGGCGCGUCUGCGUGACGUUCAUUAUCUGCAGGCUCGUCUGCACCACGCGCUGGGGAACUUGGCCGCGCGCAACAGGAGCGCGCUAAUGUUCCGCAUGCUGAACCAGGAGCUGCUGCACGCCCCGGCCACGCCCACUCACCACCUCUAACACGCACACACACUCACACACCUCAACCACUCUGAGACACAUGCAGCACAAAUCUGUAGUAAUAAAUGUUUUGUUAAUAAAAGUGUUAGUCGUGUCA